AUGGUAUUUACAUCAAAAACAAUUUGUGAAACAAGAGUAAAAGAAGAUUCAUUUGGUCCAAUUGAAGUACCUGCACAUUGUUACUAUGGAGCAGAAACAGCUCGAUCAAUGAAACAUUUUAAUAUUGGUUUAUCUACUGAAGCGUUUGAUUUAUUUAAAAAAGUAUGUGCAAUGGUGAAUGUAGAAUUUGGACUUGAAAAAAAAAUUUCGAAUGCAAUUAUACAAGCAUGUGCCGUUCAUGAGAAAAUCCAAUGGCUUGAUGUUGAAUCAUCUUCUAUGAAACGAAUUCUAUGUGCUGCUGAUUAUCCUAAUUUACAUGGACUCGGUCUAUUCAAUACCGAAGAA